CCCCUUCAUUCCUCACUUCAUUCCCAACCCAUUUACUUCAUAAUUCCUUCUUUGCUUUCUUAGCAUUCAGUUCUAAGCUCUCAAACUAAUAUCAAUGGAGACUGUGAACAAGUUGGUUUCUGAUAGGCCAGUGGUGGUUUUCAGUAAGAACAGUUGUUGUAUGAGCCAUUCUAUCAAGACACUCUUGUGUGAUUUUGGAGUUAACCCCACAGUGUACGAGCUCGAUGAGCUUCCGAGAGGGAAAGAGAUAGAGCAAGCUCUCCUCCGCAUUGGUUGCAACCCUGCGGUGCCUGCCGUGUUCAUUGGUGGGGAACUGGUCGGUGGCGCUAAUGAAGUCAUGAGCCUUCAUCUUAAGCGGAACUUGAUCCCCAUGCUUAGGAAGGCUGGUGCUUUAUGGGUUUAAACCUUCUUGCCCUCUCUAACUUGAUCAACUCAAUGUAACUUUGACAUAGCCAAGGUUUACUACGUAUAGGCAGAAAUGGCACAGAGAGUUUACUUAAAAAGUCUUUAUGUAAGUCCUUUUUUGGUGACUUCAA